AUGCAUUCUACUUGCACAACAAGCACACGAUUCUUGCUGCUCUUCAUCGUCUUUUUGGUGUUAUACUCUUCAUCAACGCAUGGCGUUCCUGUGAAAUAUAAAACAUUCAACAUUGCUGGCUCGUAUUAUGUGGAUGGCGUUACUGAAACCUAUGACCUAGGAGAAUUUACGCCUCUCACGCAAAUAGGUGCUGCCAUCAUGAAUGAACAGCAUGAAAUAUUCAUCUCUGACACGUCGAAUCACGUGAUACGAAAAAUUCUGUCGAAUGGCUCUUGUGUGCUUUAUGCGGGCGUUGCAACUGCUGGCUACAAUGGUGAAGGGCUUGAUGCCUUGCAAACACAAUUCAAUGGACCAACAGGAUUGAGUUUAUCGACUAAUGGAGAUUUAUAUCUGGCUGAUACUGGAAAUUCAAUGAUUAGAAAAAUAUCAUCGAAAACCAUGAAGGUUUCCACUCUGGGAACGAGUAAAGAUUUUAAGAAUCCUAUGGGUGUGUUUGCUUUGGACGAUGUCAAUGUGUAUGUAGCAGACACUGGAAAUGAUUUAGUGAAACAUGUGAACACUCUCACUGGAAAGAUAACCAUUGUUGCAGGAGGUGGAUCAAUCUUAAGAACGGAUGUUUUAGCAACCAACUCGAAAGUACCAUCCCCUCAAGGAAUAUAUGUUACUAAGGAAGGUGUGAUCUUUGUUAGUGAUAUGAGUGGAUUUGUUCGAAAAAUAGAAGGAUCAAUUCUUGGACAACAAAUUAUUAGCAAUCUGAACAGCAAAUUUAUUUCUCCCAAGGGUAUAUUUAUGAAUAGUAAUAAUGAAAUAUUGGUGGCCGAUUCUGGUAUCAAUGGAGUCAAAUUAAUAUCAUCAGAUCGAACGAAAACUACCAUCUUGGCAGGGAAUGGCACCGAUGCAAAUGGAGAAUUUAUUAAUGCUAAGCUUUCUUUUAUGAAUCAGCCCUCUUUUGUUCAUGUGACACCACAGGGAGAUGUUCUAAUUACUGAGAAGAGUAUGGUUAAAAAGUUAAAAGAUGGUAUGAUCUCCACACUCAUUGGACGACAUUCCAACAAUUUGAAAUAUGGAGAUGGAAUGAAAGCAACAAAUUAUGGUGUCACCAUUCAUCCCAGUGAAAUAAGGGCUACCAAUAACGGAGAAUUGAUUAUUGUUGAUUCAGAUAGUCAUACCGUCAGAAAGGUGUUAAGUAAUGGAGUAAUUGUCACAAUUGCAGGAAUUCCAAAGACUUUUGGAUAUAAUGGUGAUGGAAAAGCAUCUCAAGUAUUGCUUUCAAAUCCGAUUGGAGCUUUUGUUUAUGAAAAUGGAGAAAUACUAAUUACCGAUAAGGGAAAUAAUUUGAUAAGGGUGAUUCAAAAAAAUGGAAACAUUACUACAUUGUUUAAUGUAACCAGCCCAAUAUCUGUAUUUGCCACAGGUUUCAAUUCCACACAUGGAGAAAUUUAUUUUUCUAAUGCAACUGGUAUUUACAAAUGUGAUACUUUUUUCAACGCCUUUCUAGUGUACAAAUACCAAACCUCUCCAUUCUUGGACGCGGCUGCAAUGAAAUUUCAUGUGAGCGCGCAACAGGAUGGCAAUGUGAUCUUUUUGUCUGAAUAUGGACAUUAUUCUCUCGUAAAGUAUUAUGAAAAGAAUCAAACACAAAUGACUGUAUAUCAGGACACCAACAACCAAACAGUGACCAGUAUUUUCGUGAAAAGUAACACCGUUCAUUUCGUUAAGGGAAAUUCUAGAAUUGUUCAAUUACAGGCAGAUGGAUCCAUUCAACAUGUGGCUGGAGUUGGCCCCAUUGGAGGAUAUGAAGUAGCUGGCUAUAGUGGAGAAUCCAAAAAUGCAAAGGAAUCCAUGAUAAGGUUUCCAAAUAGUUUGUUUGUUUCAGAUGACGGGGAGGUUUUCUUUUCAGAAAAAUCAGGACUUGUGCGAAAGGUAACUCGAGAAGGACAUCUUAUUUCUGUGGCAGGUCAUACACCGUUCAAAAUAGGUCCAACACUCACUCAAUCUAUUUUUCCAACAGUUUUUGGUGUUGCACCUGGACAAGAUGGAGGAUUGAUUUUCAAUAUCAAUGAUCCUAGUCUUUCUAACCUUUUACUCAACUUGGACUCCAAGGGCGGAGUGAAUCUACUUGCUGGACAUCGAGCUCUGUUACCACUCAGUCCUAACAAGUAUGAAGGUCCUCUCGCCUAUUCAUUUAUUGGAUUUCCGUUUUUUACAUUUGAUUUAAAUGGAGAUUUAAUUAUUAUUGAUUCAAAGAAUCAUGUGAUUUACAAAGUUGAUCAUAAUAAUGACACUAUUUCUCUAUUGGCAGGCGAUCCACUUUAUAGUGGAUUCAGUGAGGAUGGUACUCCAUCACACUUGUCCAAAUUACGACUUCCCAAGAUUCCUGUCAUUACUUCUAAUAAUGAAAUUAUUUUUGCAGAAGCUGGCAGUGGAAGAAUUCGAAAACUCUCUCAUUCAGGAACGUUACUGACAGUUGUGGUAAAUGCAACCAAAGCCAUUCAAGGUCUUGUUGUAUCACAAUCUGGAGAUAUUUAUUUCACAGAUGUGUCCAGUCAUGUGAUCAAAAUGUUCAACAUUUCCUCAAGUACUGUUUCAGUAGUUGCCGGAAACGGUAAACCAGGUUUUUAUGGAGAGGGAAUUUCAGCAUUAGAGGCUUCUCUUAAAGCACCUUCUGCUUUGGCUUUUACAUCGAACGGAGACUUGUUGGUUUUGGACACUGGUAAUUUUUGUAUUCGCAAAAUAUCCAAUGGAAACAUCACCACUGUUGCUGGAGUCCCAUCAGCUGCUGGUGUGUGUUCCUAUAAUGGAGAUGGUCUUUUAUCAACAUUUUCAUGCAUUUCAGGUGGUACCUCCAUGUUUGUUGGUAAACAGGGAGAGGUUAUUUUCGGUGACACUGCCAAUGGCCUUAUUCGCAAACUGGUUCCUUAUUGUGAAGGAAAUUACACGUUAGAUUCUACGUAUUCAGAUUGCACAUGUUUAAAAGGAUGGACAGGAACCUCUUGUGACAUACCCACAUGUAAUGGAAUAUCUGCAGUUUCCAACACGGUAUGCUCUGGAAGAGGUCAAUGUAAGAAUCCAAAUAUGUGCUCCUGUGACACUGGUUUCGAAGGUAACUUUUGUGAAAUUUCUUCUCAAACUACAACAAUCAUUGUUGCAGUGGUGGUUCCCAUUGCUACUCUUGCUGCACUUGUAUUGCUUGUUGGAAUUGUCAUUGCUGCCCUCGUCUUGGGUUUGAAACGAAGAAGAGACAACCAAUGUAAUGAUAUUGAAAUGAACCAAACACAAUUGACAGGUGUGAAAAACGAGACCGAUACAAUUACGGCAGACCUUCAAACAAUCUCAGAUUUUCCAUCGGAUGCAAGUGUUAAUUUUGCACCCUUAUUGAGCUCUAAUUCAAGAGAGUCCACUCGAGUUCAACAAGAUCCCUUUUCAAGAUAUCAAAACAUUCAGAAAAUUGGGCAAGGCGGAUUUGCCUCUGUGUUCAAAGCCCAUGACUCAAAAACCAACAAGACUGUUGCAGUUAAAGUUUUGAAGUUUUCGUCCAUGGAUGAAUUGAACAAUCUCAUGAAAGAAGGUAUUGAAUUGUUAAAGAUCAGUCAUGUCAACAUUUUGAAAGUGAACGAUGUAUUUGUUUCCAAAGAUCAAUUACUAUGCCUCGAUAUGGAAUUUUGUGAUUAUGGUGAUUUGUAUCGAUUUACAUCAGGACAAAUUGAGUGCUCUGAAAAUAUGGUCAAGCAAAUUAUUUAUCAGAUCUGUAAUGCACUGUCAUAUAUUCAUGGAACUUUGAACAUCAUCCAUCGUGACAUUAAACCUUCCAAUAUCUUCAUUAAGGACCUUAACGACCACAAGAUAUGGGUGGUACUCGCUGAUUUUGGAUUAGCUAAAGGAAAUACCAUUCAAUCAGAACAUCAAUCCUACGCUGGAACUCCACUCUACAUGUCCCCUGAAAUUUGUAUGGGAUGUAAAUACUAUUACAACACGGAUGUUUAUUCGUUGGGAGUGACCAUUUAUCAAAUCAUGACUCGAGAUGUGUACACUUCGAUCAGUCAUAUUUUGUUAUCCAAAGACCCACAGGAAUCCAAGCAAUUCCUUAAAAGCAAGAUGAUGAUGAACCACCAGUAUUCUGAAGAAUUAGUCGAUGCAGUGGUCCAGAUGAUGGAUAAAGAUAACUUGACAAGACCUAAUGCUCAGGAUAUUCUCUCUUUGCCCUAUUUUAAAAACUAA